UCAGGUAUAGCAUGUAAACAAGAUAAUUUAUUUAAGGACAACACAAACAUAAACGCAGUGCAACAAACCAAACCCAAAACUAACACAAAUACAUACAACAAGCACAACGUAGUCGUGCAGGCCGGGUCGGUAGCUAAGGGGCAAACAGGGUACCAGGAGCGAGCGGAAGAGUGGUCAGGAAUAGCCGAGGUCAGGACAGGCGGAGUUGGUUCAGAGUCAGGAUCAAAGCAGGAUCAGGCAGGAAGCAGACAGGAUGCCGGUACAGGGGCUCAUGGGAAACAUACACCAAGGUACUGAUCACAAGCCUGGUCCU